AUGAUGAAGACUAGUGUUGCAGUCCUGCUGCUGCUGCUGGUGUUGGUGGGAUGCUGCCUGUGUGAACCCCAGAACACAGACAGGGUCCAGCAGAAGGGUGGACUAAAGGACGACGACUAUUGGUACCUGGCAGAAAAGGUGGCAAUUCUAGAGGACAAGCUGCAGAAGACGGAAAAAGAGGUUGUGGAGCUGCGAAACCUUGUUAAAGGUCAGCCUAGGGUGGCCUUCUCUGCUGCCCUCAUGGACUCCGGUUCUGGAAUUAUCGGACCCUUCACUGUGGCCACCCCUCUCAAAUACAAGAAGGUAUUCUCCAACAUCGGCAGUGGCUACAAUCCUUCAACAGGUAUGUUCACAGCUAUGGUCAAAGGAAUGUACUACUUCCGGUUCUCCGCAUUCUGCAACUGGGCGGUCUCCAAAAGGUCGGUUGUGAGCCUGAUGAAGAACGGUGAGCGUCUGGUGUCUGUCUGGGAUGUAAGCGAAGACGUCGACGACAUGGGCAGUAACGCUGUGGUGAUCACCUUGGAGACCGGAGACAACGUCUACACAGAGCUUAAAGAAGACACGGCUGUCUACGAUGAUGAAAUGAAUUACAGCACCUUCAGUGGCUUCCUGCUCUAUGCCAUGUAG